UCUGAUUUCAGGAUUUCAUGGCAAUCCCGCCAAUCGUCACAAUUUUCUUUUUUUAGGGUUCAUUAAAAUUUAAAUUUGUUUUAUUUUUCUCCAGGGAAAGAGUGAGAGAGAGAGAGAGAUGGAGUUCAGUAUCAGUGGCAAUGCGCUGAAGACCUUCGCUAGAUCUAUAACAUGCCUCGCACGCGUCGGCAACGAGCUCGUUGUCCAAGCUUCGCCGACACAGCUGGCAUUGCACACUUUAAAUGCUUCACGUUCUGCCUACCAGUGUAUUACAUUUCAGUCAAGUUUCUUCGAUGUAUGUACUGUUUCUGGUCCUCAAGCUCAUUUCAGUGUACUUUUGAAGGCUGUAUGUUCUGUUCUUAGGACUCCACUCGCGAGCAUUGAUCACAUGAGUGUGCAGUUGCCAGAUCAUGAUGCAUCUAAGGUCAAAUGGACUUUGGAAUGUUUCAGUGGUAUGAAGAAAACAUAUUGGAUUACUUGCAAUGUGGAACCCGAUAUACAGCAUCUGUCGCUUGAUAGGAGUAGAUUUCCAAGUACCUUAGUUGUGCAUCCUCGAAAUCUGAGCAAGUUGCUUGGAAACUUUCAGUCAUCCCUCCAAGAGAUUACAAUAAUUGCUACAGAUCAAGCUUCUUUUCCCUCUGAUGCUGCGAGCGACAUAGGUGGAAAAGCUGUUGAGUUUCGGAGCUAUGUCGAUCCGAACAAAGAUGGCGACUCUUUGUUACACACUCAGCUAUGGAUAGAUCCAUCAGAAGAAUUUAUACAGUAUACUCAUGCAGGUGAUCCUGUUGACAUCACAUUUUCCCUGAAGGAACUAAAGGCAUUUCUUUCGUUCUGUGAGGGAUGUGAAGCCGACAUUCAUCUUUUCUUCGAAAAAGCUGGCGAGCCAAUAUUGAUGGCUCCAAAAUUCGGGUUGGGUGAUGGGUCAAGCUCAAGUUUUGAUGCAACACUCGUUCUUGCGACAAUGCUUAUGUCUCAACUUCAGGAAGGGAUUCCGCAAGAACCUCCUGGAGCAGCAAAUUCCACAGGUUGUCAUGCUGACGAGCAAGUAGGAUCGCAGCCUCACGAACGGUCUAGGCAGAAUGCCUCUGGGCACCCAUCUGAUCACACACGAGUUUGGUCUGAACUUUCAGCAGGAAUUGCCACUAAGAGCGUGAACGGUUCUGAGGAUAGCCCACAAGCUCAGGGACAACCAGACGUGGAUAUCCAAAGAAUUAGGGUUAUGAGAUUAUCAAAAGGCGGGCCAGCUGGGGAUACUGCUCUUGCAGCUCCUAACUCCCAACGUCCCACACAGAUAGGUCACACUGAAGGAUCCCAAGGACGGGUACAGAACAACCAAAGUUUCUCGCAGCGCCACCCUAGUAAUUGGGUAGAUGUAGAUGAGGAUGAAGACGAGGAAGAAGGUGUUGAGGCGACGCCACCUCACAAUGAAGAUUAUUAACUCAAUUUCCUUUCCGUUUGAAGUUUUCCUCAUCUCAUUCAACUGAAAAAGGGAUCCGAAGAAGAUUAUGGAAACAGAACAGAACAUUUGAGGUAAGAUGUCUCUCUCUAUCUCUGAUAAAUAUCUCUAAUAGAAUAGAAGAAAAAGGUAGACACUAUAUGCAUAUAUGUGUAGUAUUAGCUGCUUCAUCCACUAUAUUCAAACUUGAUCAUUUCUUGGCAAAACUUCUGAAUGGCGUGCUGUGUUGUUCAGUCAUGUUUGUUUGUUAAGCAUUUACUUUCUCUAUCUAACUUGACAUAAAGAUAGAAUGCCAACACACCUUGAACCUCAGCAUUUAAUAUAAAUUCUUAUUCCACCCAUCCCUUUGCUUUUCCUUCCAACACAAAACUUAAAAAAGUGUCCAUACAUGUAUGCCAAGUUUCAAAUGCAUUCUCAUCUCUUUUUUACUUAGGCCAUAAUUCUUUUAAAACGCAAACCUUUAUUUUGUCCGUUUGUUUAAAGGAAAACACAACUAUGAGAGAAGUUUGUUUUCAUGAAUUGAAUCCCCUAUAAAAAGCAAAUGAGACAGAAUAAAAUGAGUCAUAAUUUUAAAAUGUUCUUCAAAGGUACCACCAACUACUCUAUCUCUCUUUAUAGGAUUAAAUAAGUAAAAGAUGUCGAACAAGUCCAACGAAAGGGACAAAUAUAAAAUUCUGUUUCUUUCUUCUUUUUAUAAUAAUCUUAUAGAAAUAUCAAACUUUGGGAAUUGGCUAUAUAGUCUUCGUUUUUUACUUUAAAGAGACCUCUAUCUCUUUUAAAAAAGAAAGGUUGGUCUAGUUGAUUAAAAGUGUAUGUAGAAAGAGGUUCUCCAUAACUUGGAAUCUUUGUUUUUCUUCUCUUUUUGAUUUCCUCAUCAUUGGUAUCUUAUUCGUGAUAGCCUCAUACGAAAAGUAAUGGGAUUUUGCUUUGCAUUACACUUGCGUGUUUAUGUAUAUUCUUAUUCAUAAAUUAUUUUCGGUUGCAUCAAUUAUUUCCGUGUGAUAACUGAUAAGUUUCAAUCUCGUGCUGUGUUUCUUGAAAACAAAAUAUAAACAUUUGUCGUCGUCUUUUGUUGUAAUCAUUACUG